AUGGAAAUGGAAUUUGGUAAAGGCAUUGAAAUGGAACAAAGCCCCAAUAGUGUUCUUCCUCCUCCACGUCCUUUCAAUGAACAAGAAAAGAGGACUAGUACAAGACUGAAACCUCCUCGUAGAGAUGAAGUGUUGAGAGUCAAAGAAGGCUUCACUGAGAUAAGCUUCAGGCGCUACCGCAGCACGUCCUGCAAGAACUUCCCUUCAAAACCUCUUGCAAUGGCGGAUAAUUCGGAGCAAAGGCGAGGCUCUGUGUAUCAAAGCUCCAAUGAGCUGUUUAAAGAUCCUCAAAGACGUAAAGAUUCAAAGGCAAAACUUGAGCUGUCUCGUACUAGUGAUGCUUCUUUCUCCUUUAGAGUUGUUGAUUCUUCAAGAAAAGGAAGUACAGAGAAAAGACCGGAAAAGAAGUCAUCAUCAUCAGCUGAACCUUGCAACACCUCUAGCAACUUCAUUGACAUUUGUUUGAAAUCAGGUAUUAAAGAUAGAGCGGGGGUGUUGGAUUCAGCUGAUGAUGAUUUAGCCGGUCCAACGAACGAAUGUAGUGACCAUAAAUUUAGAUUGCCUAAGCCACAUUCAUCAGAAAGCUCAAGAGUUAGGAAGAUGUUUGAUCCGUUUGUUAAGUCAAAGUCUCUGAGAAGUCCUCUUGGGUAUAUAGGAGAAUCAGGGAACAAUGAGCGUUGCAAAUCUAUGUUGAGUGACUAUAAAACAUCGAAUCUUUGUCCUCCUCCAGUUGUGAAAAAGGAUUAUACUUUGUUGCUGAAAGCUUCUCCGGUUCAUCUACAUUGCCGUCUCAAGAUGGAAAGCAAGAAUGGACUGCCUGUUUUUCAGUUUGUGUCAGAUUCUCCUGAGGAUGUUUACACGGCAAAGACGUGGAAGUCUGACAACGGUUCUAGUUGGAUAUACACGUUUUCCUCUGGUGGAAGCAGAAAGAGAAGCAGUGCUAGUGUCAGAGGUUUGAAUGAUGCUAACAAAGACUCUUUGCUGGUUGCUCAGAUGCAAGUUUCAUGUAAAAUGUGCUCAGAAGUAAGACAAAAGGGACAAGAUCCAGAAACUUUGAUGGUGAAUGAGUUUGUUUUGUAUGAUAUUGCACAAGCAAGACGGAGUGUUUCCACUAAAGAAGAUCAAUCACAAUCACUUGAUACGGUUAGUAAUGCCUCCAAGAACUCAUCUAAACCAGACUCGGAUUCAAGAACUAGCACAAAGUCCACGGAUGCUUCUGAUACAAUGAAGCAGAGGUCUCAGCUGAAACGUACAUCUGCAAGCUAUGAUCUCGAGGCUUCAAACGGAACAAACCCGUGGUCAGCUGCAGAUUUGCAUCCUGACCUUGAGAUCGCUGCUAUAAUCAUUCAAGACACGAUUGAGAAGAGAGAGAGCUUGAAGUACAGAAGAGGUGACAAAAAGUUGAUGGAGAAGACGAAUCUUCUUGGUCUUUCUCCGAUAGAGGAGGAGAAGAAGGAGCUGUUCGGUAACAGAAGCUCAGAGAAGUUGAAGGUUGUAAUCCCAAGGGGAAACCACGGUUUACCAACUACCGACAACCCCGGUCCUUCGCCUUUGAUUCAGAGAUGGAGGUCAGGAGGUGGUUGUGACUGCGGUGGUUGGGACAUGGGUUGUCCACUUAUGGUUUUUGGGAAUCCUCGUAUCUCAUGUUCUUAUGAUCAGCCUCUUGUAGACAACCAGCAUCCUUUGCAACUAUUUGUCCAGGGUGCUAAAGAGCAGAUACCAGCAGUGUACAUGUCGUUCGUUGAAGAGGGGCAAUACGAUGUUCAUUUCCACGCGCAGUUAUCGACUCUACAAGCAUUCUCAGUCUGUGUUGCCAUACUACAUAACACGGAGGUCUCGGAUAGUUACAGAAAUGGCGAGAAUGUACAACAGUUCUCACAUUGCAGCUCGCUGAAAAUGCUGAUUGAUGAUGAUGUUCAGUUCUUAGUUGAAGCAGUAACAGAGGAGGAAGAAGAAAGGAAAGUGCCUAAGGCUGUGAAAGAAGCUGUGAUUGCUCUUCAGUCCUACAUGCCAAACCCUCCUUUCUCGCCAAUCUCCAGAGUGUAG